UGGGGCCAGGUCAAGGUGGGGUCUGAUACCCCAGGACUGCUGACACCAGACUAACCCACUACUGGGAGAAGAUGCCCGGGGCUCCAAGGCUCCUCCGAGCUCCACCUGCCACCAUCUUCCUCUUCUUGCUCUCUGCCGCUGGCCUGGGCCCCGGGUGCCAGGCCCUGUGGGUGGCCUGGGACCCACCUUCAGUGACAGUGAUCGUGGGGAAUGAGGCCCACCUGCAGUGCCCCAACAAUGGCAGUAACCCCAAUGUCACAUGGUGGCUCAUCCUCCCUGGCAACUACACCAGCACAUGGCCACCCAUGCUCCUGGGCUCAGGCGAGGGCCCGGACGGCAGGCUGACCAUCCCACAGGUGAACAAGAGCCACAGGGGCAUAUACCAGUGCCGGGUGCAACAAGACAACAAAACCUGGCAAUCCUGUGGCACCUACCUCCGUGUGCGCGAGCCGCUCCCUAGACCCUUCCUGGACAUGGGGGAGGGCACCAAGAACCGCAUCAUCACAGCCGAGGGAAUCAUCCUGCUCUUCUGCGCCGUGGUGCCUGGGACGCUGCUGCUGUUCAGGAAACGAUGGCAGAAUGAGAAGUUCAGGGUGGACAUCCAUGAUGACUAUGAGGAUGAAAAUCUGUACGAGGGCCUGAACAUCGAUGAUUGCUCCAUGUACGAGGACAUCUCCCGGGGCCUCCAGGGCACCUACCAGGACGUGGGCAGCCUCCACGUCGGAGACGUCCAGCUGGAGAAGCCGUGACCCUGGCCGGCUGCCCUGCCUGCUGUAUUCCCAACUCUAGGGUCUUCCCUCACUCCCCCUGGAACAUUCUUCUCUCUCUCUCUUCACCUUCUUCCCUGAAAGUCAUCUUCCCCUUUGGGAGUAUCCUAGAGGAGUCUUCUCCCUCCUAGGUCUCCUGGAACUCUGAAACACUUAGACCCUGCCCAGGGGGCAGCUCUUCCUUCUACACUGUCUUCACUCCCUCUACACACCCUGCCUCCUUUCCCAGCUCCCUGCUCCCUCCCUGGCGGGUAAUGAGCCCUUAAUCGCUGCCUCAAGGGGAGCUGAUAGUAGCAGCCUUAUUAGUACCCCCCUCUCCACUCCCCACCCCUGCUCUGUCAUGGCCACUUAGUGAUAAUAAAUCCUUCCCAACUGCAGCAUUUGGCAGGAGUCAUGGAUCUCAUGGGGACUGAGCCAUCCCCACCCCAGGGGACCAGAAGUCCAGGCCCCCAGCCCCCUCCUCCCUCAGACCUAGAGGUGCAGGCUUCCAGCCCCCUUCUCUCUCAGAUUCAGAAGACCAGUCCCCAGCUCCCUCCUGGAUUCUGGGUCUCAGCUCUCCACUGUCUAUCCCCCACAACUGGGAUCAGGUAGCCAGGCUUAGUUACUCCCGUGAAAGAAACAGGAAGUGUCUUGGGGUGCUUUCCACCCUAAUGAAAAGGAGUGGUUUGGCCCCACCCAGGGCCCCACCC